CCUUGCACCGGCACUACUACCCUUCUUCUAGCUUAGACUUCUAUCAAGGCACGCGCGCGGCCGCCAUGGAUAUGGACAUGAGCUCCGCUACCCACCCUGCUCACCACUGGCUCUCCUUCUCCCUCUCCAACAACUACCACCACGGCCUCCUCGAGGCCCUCUCCAGCUCCUCCUCCGGCCACCAGAUCGCCGGGGAGGAGGGGACGGUGGACGAGGCGCCUAAGAUGGAGGACUUCCUUGGCGGUGUCGGCGGCGCCGGCACGACAUCGACGGCCGUGGUGGACCACGGCGAGCUGGGAAGCAUCGCCGCGGGGUUCUUGCACCGGUAUCCGGCGCAUGACGGGACGCUGGAUCAGAACUCUGGCGCGGUGACCGUAGCGGCGGCGACGAUGGAGGUCGCUGAGUCCGAUCAGGCGAGGAGGCCCGCCGAGACGUUCGGCCAGCGGACGUCCAUCUACCGCGGCGUCACCAGGCACCGGUGGACGGGGAGGUACGAGGCGCACCUGUGGGACAACAGCUGCCGCCGGGAGGGCCAAAGCCGCAAAGGCCGCCAAGUUUACUUAGGAGGCUAUGACAAAGAGGAGAAAGCCGCGAGGGCCUACGACAUGGCUGCGCUCAAGUACUGGGGCCCAACCACCACGACGAACUUCCCGGUGGCCAACUAUGAGAAGGAGCUGGAGGAGAUGAAGUCGAUGACGCGGCAGGAGUUCAUCGCUUCACUUCGCAGGAAGAGCAGCGGCUUCUCACGAGGGGCGUCCAUCUACAGAGGAGUAACAAGGCAUCAUCAGCACGGCCGGUGGCAGGCAAGGAUCGGCAGGGUGGCCGGAAACAAGGACCUGUACCUGGGAACUUUCAGCACGCAGGAGGAGGCGGCGGAGGCGUACGACAUUGCGGCGAUCAAGUUCCGGGGGCUUAACGCCGUGACCAACUUCGACAUGAGCCGGUACGACGUCGAGAGCAUCCUCAACAGCGACCUGCCCAUCGGUGCUGGGGCGGCUGCCCGCGCCUCCAAGUUCCAACCGGACGUCCUAUCGCUGCCGGCACCGAACGUGGCAUCGCCAGACAUGCUGCCACCGGCGGAGAAGGACUACUGGUCCCUCCUCGCCAUGCACUAUCAGCAGCAGCAGCAACAGCACCUGCAGCAGCAGCAGUUCCCUGCAUCGGCAUUUGAGACGUACGGCUCCGGCGUGAACGUGGACUUCACAAUGGGCAUGAGCGGCACCAACAACCCCAGCGGCGGCGGCGCCACCGUGUGGGGCGCCACCGGCCCAACAGGACACGGCGACGGCAGCAGGCAGAGCAACAGCUACUCCAGCAACAUUCCUUAUGCUUCCAUGGUGUCUGGAUCAGCGGCGUCAGCCGGUGGGGGAUACGAGGGCUCCACCGGCAACAAUGGCACCUGGGUGACGACGAGCAACCCGGCCGCCAGCGCGACGGCUCCUCAGUACUACAACUAUCUGUUUGGCAUGGAGUAGUAGGUGAUCCAUCACUGACUGCCUAGCUAGUAGUAGCUAGCUGUAGCUGAAAUUGGGUGAUAGGCCUAGGAGGAGGAGGGAGAGGGACUAACAUGGAACUGAUCAAAAUUUUGGCUGCUGCUGCAUGCAUGGGAACGAUGUAUGAUGAAUGCGAUGCUAUUCUUUUUUACUUCCUGACAAGGUCCUGUAGGCUGUAGCGGAGAACACUCGUGUAUCAUCGGAAUUUCUAAUCCAGGUUAUUCUUCUAGUUCUCUGGUGUGUCAGCUACAGUACGAGCAUUCGAAAAGUACUGUAUGUCUUCUUUACUUCUAGUUCUUUGGUCAGUUGCAGUA